UUAUUUUCAAAUUGCGUCUGAAGGGAUGUUUUUGAAUUGAUAACUGAUCAACAGUUAAAUAUAGUUGAUUCUUUUUCAACAUAAUUAUAAAUUUGUUAUAAUUGAAAAAAAAAAAAAAAAACAAUUAAUUAAAAAUGAAUGUGUUCGACGCGCUGCCAGUUUCGUUCGGUUCGUCAAAAACGGAAAAAGAUCCAAAUUCGUACAAGAACAGGAACAGAGACAAUGUUUGGCAAGUGGUUGAGAACGGUUUUUCAAAAUGUUUCGAGUUUUCGAACAAAAGGCCUUCCACAUUUCCAAGCCAGGAUGGGCUCUUCACGCAUGGAAAAUGGGAGGUUGAAACGCUGCAGAAACUCAAAGAAGAGUUAAAUGGAGUCAAGUCAAAGCUGAAUAGCUACAAUCUUGCUGACUGGCACGAUCAUACCAGAAAGAAUAACUAUGCCGGAACGGUUAUGAGAUCAUUGAGGAAGUUCCAACCUGAAUUUCUCACACAGGCCUGGUGCAAAUUUUACGAGGUAGUGAGCAGGUAUAAAUUGAUUCCUAAACAAUGUUUGAAGAAAAAACUUCUGAACAGCGUUCACCUCUGUGAGGCCCCUGGAGCUUUUAUCGCUUCGUUGAAUCAUUUUCUUAAACUGAACCACCCUGAAAUAGAGUGGAAAUGGUUUGCAACUACUCUUAAUCCAUAUUAUGAAGGCAAUGAUCUCCAGCAUAUGGUUAACGAUGACCGCUUUAUAAUCAAUACACUUGAAAAUUGGUGGUUUGGUAAUGAUGAAACAGGAAAUGUCUACGGUGACAAUUAUUUAAGCAGUCUUAUAGAAAAGACAAAAUUUCUUCAUCCUGUGUACUUGGUUACUGCUGAUGGCAGCAUUGAUUGUCUCAGUGAUCCAGCAGAACAAGAGAAAAAAGUUGUACACCUUCAUUUUACUGAAACAGUCUGUGCUCUGAACAUUCUUGAAAGAGGAGGAAGUUUUCUGCUAAAAACAUUUACAAUGUUUGAGUGUGAUACUGUCUGCUUGAUGUACCUUCUCAGAUGUUGCUUCACGCACAUAAACGUUUUCAAGCCUGUCACAAGCAAGGAGGGAAAUUCAGAAGUUUACGUUGUUUGUUUGGGUUACAAAGGAAAGGACCAUGUGCCUGUUUUGGAAAAGUUAAAUGUCUACUAUUACAAAGAAAUGAAAGAAGCAUUAUUUUCAAGGAACGAUAUACCCGAUUUCUUCAUACAAGAAAUAAUAAAUUGUGCUACAAAAUUUAAGUUAAUCCAAACCUCAGUUAUAGAAAGAAACAUUGAGACAUACAAACAUCAACACAAGAGGAAAAGGAGUCGUCUACAGUUGAUGGACAUCAGAGACAGUACUGCUAAUCUAUUCAUCGAGAAGUACAAAAUAAGACCAAUUAGUCCUAAAGAUUUUGUUGUUCACGAUCAGGAUAAAUUUUACUUUAAGGCUGAUGCAAUUUGCCUGAACCUAUUUCCAAGAGAUGAAAGCGGGACUUUCCUCGAGAGGAAGAUGUUCAAACAACUUGACACGAAAGCCAUGUUGGACUUUUACAAGGGGAAAUUGGACCUCGUUGAGACCGACUGGGACGUUGAAGAUAUUUUUUGGUUCACUUUUAGUCCAAAUUCUAAAAUAAAACUAAAUUUGAAAUUUGGCAAACCAAUUGAAAAAGUCAGGACUUCAAAAUUUUGCAAAGGAAAUCUUCUCGCUAUAUACACCGAAUUGGUGAAAUUAUGUCUGGAGACUGGGGUAAAAAUAGAUAUCCCAGACCAGUUAGAUCUUGACAAGUUUAUCUGCAAAAAUGCCAUUGACACAAAUGACUUUUCAUGGACCGAAAACUAUAAUGAAUGUCAGAAAUGUUUUUUUGAAAAGUUUAUGAGUGCCUGUGAAAAAUUAGAAGUUGGAGAUGAUUUAAUUUUGAAGGGAUUUCCAUUGUUGACACAGUUUAACGUCGGUGUCAUCUUUAUCCUUGGUCAUUUAUUUGAAAAGGUUGGUUUUGUGAACCCUAGCGUUUCACCUUAUUCAAUAAUUUUGAAAGGGCUCAAGGAUUCAGAUUUGAAAUCACUAAUCAGCAGUAUUUCAUCAAGUAUGUGUGAUCGUAAGACUGACGGCCUUGUUUCGUUGGUACACAUUACAUAUCUAUGCGAGUCAGAGAUCCUCAGAUGUGUCACUUGGAUUAACCAGAUAACAUUGAAAUUUCUUUCCUUAAUUAUGCUAAAAAAAUUGAAGGAAACAAGACAAACAUGACUGAUUGUAUGUACGUAGGUUAUAAAUGCAAGAACUGAAAUAAUGUACAUAAGGUUAAUAUUCAUUUGCUGUAUUCAUAAUGAAAAAAAAA